ACCAGUUCUCUAACUCUGCAAAAUAUUAUUUUACCCAACUAAAUACCCCGAGUCAGUCUAAGAAUACCUGAAUCACAGAGCAAUUGAAGAUAUCUUCUUUCAAUUACAAGAUGACUUCCGCAGCCCAUGGUAAUCUCAAUGCUGUGGAAAAACUCAUGUCCAAUGGACACAAUCAUCUUCAUGUUCAGGAUAAGUAUGUCCUUCCUCCGGGUGAACGUCCCGACAUAUCCCAUUUCUGUGAUUCAUAUAAAUUUCCAGUCAUAGAUCUCAAAAAUUUGGAUGGGCCUCAUAGAAUAAAGGUAGUCAAUGACAUUAGGCGGGCUUGCGAGGAGGAUGGCUUCUUCCAGAUCAUGAACCAUGGAGUGCCGGAAACUGUGAUGAAAAGCAUGAUGGACAUUGCCAAAGAGUUUUUUGAAAUGCCUGUGGAAGACAGGGUUUGUCUCUAUUCAGAGGACCCACAGCAGGCUGUCAGGGUUUCCACAAGCUUCAAUGCUACCAAAGAUGAAUUCUUUGAGUGGAGGGAUUAUCUAAGACACUCAUGUCAUCCGCUGGAGGAAUGUAUCAAUUCAUGGCCUCAAAAGCCUGCACUUUACAGAGAAGUUGCAGGGAAGUAUUGCAAGGAGAUGAGAGUACUGGUUCUGAGGCUUCUGGCUGCAAUUUCUGAAGCUCUUGGACAAGAUUCUGAUUAUUUGAAUGCAAUAUUUGGAAAGCAUAGCCAGUUAAUGCACAUAAAUUACUAUCCUGCAUGCCCAAAUCCAGAUCUUACCUUUGGUGCAGCACCUCAUUCAGAUAUAUGUGGCAUUACUAUUUUGAUGCAAGGAGAUGUGAGUGGCCUGCAAGUGCUAAAAGAUGGGAAAUGGGUUGCAGUCAAACCAAUACCCAAUGCCUUUAUGGUGAAUGUGGCUGAUCAAAUUGAGGUUGUAAGCAAUGGAAGAUUCAAAAGCGCCAAGCACAGGGCCAUAACCAAUACAACCACUACACGUAUAUCGAUUCCCACCUUCUAUGGGCCUUCGUUGGAUACCUUCAUUGCUCCUGCAGCAUCCAUGGUGGAUGAGAAGCAUCCGGCUUUAUACAGAGGAUAUAAAUUUGAAGAAUACACGAAGGCAUUCUGGAGCCAAUCUGCUUUGAAGCGCAGGAGCACUUUGGAUCGCUUCAAGAUUGAAAUCAGUCCAUGAAAUAAAAGUGUGGUAUACAACUGCUGUUGUUGGAAGAUACAUAUACAUAUACUGGUAUUGGCAGUGGACACUAUCUGGUAUGGGAAAUAAGGUUGAAGAGUGAUGUAUUUAGUUAUAUGUUUAUUGAUAGUUGGAAGUAGCUGUAAAAUUUUAGUUCUAUUACUAAAUCUAUAUGUACAUUGAACAGGUCAAUGUACUAUGAAUAUGUAAUGAUGACUGAAUACAAUGUAAUAAUUUGAAGUUUAUAUAUUUUAUUUAUGCAUUA